GCACUCCCGCCGAGGUGCGCGCGCGCGCGCUGCCCUCCCUUCCCCUCCCGGCCCUUGUUUUUGGGGUCGUGCGCGAGAGCGGAGGCGGGGUGGGCAAGAUCCCUCGGGGGCUGCGCGGCGAGCAAACCGGAGGACCCCCGCCCCUCUGGCCGGGAGCCGCCGUUGCGCAUUUGGAGAGCCCCAGCAAAGCGCGCGCCGCCAACCGCGCAGCAUCGUGUGCGGGCUUCGCGGUGGCGGCGGCGGCGGGCGACACCCCCUCCCUCCUUUCCCAUCUCUCUCUCCAUCCCCCCCUCCAAUGCACAAGCGAGGUCCAUCCUCUCCCGCACGUCGGCGAUGACUUCAGCGUCCGCCCGCCGCCUCCGGAGCUGCCCUGGGCAGCCCGGCCGGGAGAAGAUGCUCCCCGCUCCCUGCGCGCCGAGGCACAAGGCGAGCGGCGCCCGCUGCUUCCCCGGAGCCGGCGCUGGGCUUCACCCACCAUGGACUUCAAGCUUCUAAUGGGAGGCGAUUGAUUCUGAGGUGCCGGAACCGCAGAGCAUUGCUUCCUGUGAGGAUGAACCUGACAGGCUGGGCUGAGGCGAAGUGGACAGACCGCUCCAAUUCCUCCGCACAGCCACCGCCACCACACCCUCGGGGCAGCAAUGACACCUUUUCUUUCCAAGGAGACCUCCAAGACAUCAUCCACACAGCCACCUUGGUGACGUGCACCUUCCUGUUGGCCGUCAUCUUCUGCCUGGGCUCUUACGGCAACCUCAUCGUCUUCCUGUCCUUCUUUGACCCGGCCUUCCGGAAGUUCCGCACCAACUUUGACUUCAUGAUCCUCAACCUGUCCUUCUGCGACCUCUUCAUCUGCGGAGUGACUGCCCCCAUGUUCACCUUUGCCCUGUUCCUGGACUCGGCGGCGGGCAUCCCUGACGCUUUCUGCUUCACCUUCCACCUCACCAGCUCCGGUUUCAUCAUCAUGUCCCUCAAGACAGUGGCCGUCAUCGCCCUUCACCGGCUCCGCAUGGUCUUGGGCAAGCAGCCCAACCGGACGGCCUCUUUCCCUUGCACCCUUUUGCUCACCUUGGCCUUGUGGUCCAUGAGCUUCACCCUUGCGACGCUGGCCACCAUGAGGACCCAGAAAUCCCGCCUCUGCCUCCCCAUCUCCAGCCUGGUCAUCGGCGAGGGGAAGGUAGUCCCUUACUUGUACGUCAUCGACUUCAUCUGUUGCGUGGUGGUGGUGUCCGUCUCCUACAUCAUGAUCGCCCAGGCCUUGAGGAAGAACGCCCAGGUGUGCAAAUGUCCCCCCAUCAUCACAGUCGAUGCAUCCAGGCCUCCGCCGUUGAUCGGACCCCUUGCUGCUGGGUGCGCUGACGGCGUGCAGUGCGCCGUGCCCGCCCUCUACAGAAACCAAAACUACAACAAGCUGCAGCACAUCCAAACCCACACGUACACAAAGAACCUCAGCCAGCUGCCCGCAACUGCGGCCAGCAAGUUCCAGCUGGUGUCGACCGUGAACUUGUCGACAGCCAAGGACUCGAAGGCCGUGGUGACGUGUGUCGUCAUUGUCCUCUCUGUGUUAGUCUGCUGCCUCCCUCUCGGCAUCUCCCUGGUGCAGGAUGUUCUGUCCCGGAACAGCGGCUUCAUCCUCUACCAGUUCGAACUGUGCGGCUUCACCCUCAUCUUCUUCAAGUCCGGGCUGAACCCUUUCAUAUAUUCCCGGAACAGCGCGGGGCUGAGAAGGAGGGUCCUUUGGUGCCUCCAGUACUUCGCCCUCGUCUUCUUCUGCUGCAAGCAGAAGACGCGGCUCCGCGCCGUGGGCAAAGGGAGCCUGGAGGCCAACCGCAACAAGUCGUCCCACCACGAGACCAACUCCGCUUACAUGCUGUCUCCGAAGCCUCAGAAGAAGUUUGUGGACCAGGCCUGCGGCCCGAGUCACUCCAAGGAGAGCAUGCUGAGCCCAAAGGCUUCCGCCGGCCGCCAGCAUUACGCAGCCCACAGCAGCUCUACUCCUAUGAACACUCGCAUCGAACCUUAUUACAGCAUCUAUAACAGCUGCCCUUCCCAGGAGGUGAGCACUCCCAACAGCCUGCAGCCCACAAACUCUCCCUUUGGAUUCGCCAACUCCUACAUCGCCAUGCACUAUCACGCCAUGACGGACGUGGUGAGGGAUUUCGACAGUACUUCUGCUAAGCAGAUACCGGUUCCCUCGGUGUAGCUACCGGGAGCUGAGACUCUUUGACGUCCGACCGCAGUGACGGCCGACCUUUUUCUUUGUGUGUGUGUGUGCCCAUGCGGCAAAUAUGCCCCCACGGGUCAUCCAAAGCAUGAUUUCAUGCCCCUCUCGUACGCAUCGCAGCAGGGAUAGCCGCGGUGGUGCCCUUCAGAAGCUGGACUACAACUCCCAUCCACACUGGCCAGGGAUGAUGGGAGUUGUAGUCAAGCAACAACUAGAGGGUGCAAGGUUGGCUCUAAAGCAUUUUUGCCUUCAGUCUGCUGAGCAGCUGGCGCACGAAGGGACAGGAGUAGCUAUGCCUCAGCCAGGCUUCUGAGCUCUCCUGUCCCGGCCUGCUUCUGAUAUUUGAUUUCGCAGGUUGGCCACAUGUUUUCCUACUAUCUCUCUAGUUCUCUUUCCCCCCCAUCUUUCAAGAUUUCUGGUUACUAGUCCUCAAGGCUCAGUGGGUGUUAUUCCCCCACCCUGCCCAAAGUAUUCCCUUCACCACCCUCAAACACAAUGCUGCUUUUUCUGUCAAAAGAGCAGACAACCAUGAAAUCACCUGUGGCAGCUCUGCUUUAAGACUGGACCGGGUAUUGUUUUACCGUUUUUGUGUGUGUGUGGUAUCCUCAUGAAAGUGCACGGUUUUAAGCAUUGGCAGAGCUUUCUAAAAGUUUCUACUCCGAAUUGUGUGUAUAUAUAUAUUACUGGUUUGAUGCGGAACCUUGCUUUUCUAUUUAUUUAUUGAAGAGUGUUUAACUGUGCUGGUUGGCAAAGCAUGUGGAGUGGCAAACCCUAUCCCCAAACCAGGAUUGGGACCAAGAUUGAGAGGGCUUUCAGCGGCCCCUGCAUCGGUGGACCCCCUACUGCUGAUGCCUAUUCUGGACCUCCUUUUAAUUUAAUUCCCCCCCCCCCAGUGCAGUGGGCUUCCCAGCUGUGGCAGCAACCAUAUCACUUCCUUUUCCCCCCAUCCCAUAGUCUCUGUGUUAACUCAACUUCUGGGGUAUUGUGGGAGUGGGUGGUGGAAUGGGACACCCAAGAUCAGGCAUAGGCAAACUCGGCCCGCCAUAUAUUUUUUGGCCUACAACUCCCAUGAUCCUUAGCUAACAGGACCAGUGGUCAGGGAGGAUAGGAAUUGUAGUCCCAAAACAUCUGGAGGGCUGAGUUUGCCUAUGCCUGCCCAAGACGGUGGCUGGAUGCUGCUCAGCACUACCAUCGUAAUUAUUAUUAUUAUUAUUUAAUUAAAAGUUAUCAGAAGGUGGGCUCCUUAGAGUGUCAGGGCCAUAGCUUCUGUGAAAGGAUACAGCCCAUGCGCCGAAUCCUCUCCUAUCCCCAGUUGUAUAUAUAUACUCUGUCAGGACCAGAGUUUAUUUUACAGUUUUGCUUCGCUGCGUUUCGAAAGAAUUUCGAAAGCUACACGCACUGGGAAAACUUUACAGAAAGUGUUUUUAAAUCCUUGGGUUUACUGUUAACAAGGAAAUGUCAACUUUUAUGUAUGUUGAGGACAUGAGAUGCCUUCUUCUCAGGCAAGUCAGUCUUGUAAAUAAUUCCAAGUUACUAGUCCACAGCGUUUUUGUGUUCGCUGAUUUGUCCGAAACCUUAGCGCGCUUUGAUUCGUGAAUGACAUGAAAGGCAACCACACUUACGAUUUUUUGUCACUGGCAACAAAGCACAUGGCUAUUUACAAGCCCCUUUUAAAAUAUCUCUCUGCACCCCCACCCCUUCUAAUAUAGGCCUGUUCUUAUCCUCCAGUCAGAACAGUCUCUGGGGGAUUGUGUUACUUUGGCAGAGCGUUCAGUCCCACCUCUUAGCAAUGCAACUGCAGCACAUGAGGAAUUCUGCUUGCUUGUUUUAACUCUAGAUAUGGUGAGGGGUUGGGCACGCACAUGCAAUUUUAAACUCUUGCAAAUCACGAAGGCUAGAAAGUAACCAAACUCCCUGCCUGCCCUCUCUCUCCCCCCCCCCCGCCCCCCAUUAAAAGUUGAGAUUUCAGGGGCCCAAUUUCCGCACUUCUCAUUCUUGCAUAAUGUAAAUGCUCUUUGCAAGAGCCCACAUCUCUUCUUGUUACAUGAUUAUAUGUGUCUUUUGCAAUAACUGUCUCAUAAUUGCAGACCAAUUGUAUUAUGCGAGCAUCGGUGCUUAUAAAAGGACCAUUCUAGAAAAAAAUAUCAAGGACUGAUUUAAUUUUUAAUGGUUUUUUUUGCUAGAUAAUCAUAGGCACCGUAAGACCUAACACAAGCAAAACUGAGUGCAGUAUGUGAAUGAUGGUUGUGCAGAAUCUGUUAGGGAAGUAAUAUUUUGCUAAAAUAUUUCACGUUAGUCAUUUUCUCAUUCCCAAAACAUUAGAGGAAGAACCUUGCUGUUAGCCCUUGUGUUUCUUUGGUAUUUUAGGGUGUGUGUAUUUUUUUAUAUAUAAAAAAUCUCACAUGCUGUCAUGAUCAUAAAGGGAUAUCUAAGGAUACGGAUCAAACUUUUCCUUCUAUUCUGUGCCAAUUCGUACUUAAUGUGUUCUCCUACAAUAAAGGAGUCUCCGUGUUCUGUGAUGUUUUGACCAA